GGGAUCUCGCGGGAAGAGCCGCGGGCACGGCAGCGGCUCCGCUCUCCGGUAGCGCGCCGAGCGGGCGGGCUCUCCUCACACGAGCGCUUCCUCGCCGAGAGGCUGGAGCUGCGGCAACGCAGGCCUGGGCCGCCGUGUCUCCGCCGCCCGCUUCAGUUUUCCUCAGGGCUCUGGGGGUCGCUCGUCCGCCAAUGCGCCUCAGGAAUUUAACAAGAAACUGAAGUUUCAAAGAUUCAAAUAUUUUUUGAAUUGAAGCCAGAAAUGUACUAAGAUUUUGAUUCUUUCAUUUGAUUAAGGUAUGGUCUGAAUAUGCGUUGUUUGGCAGCUCGGGUCAACUAUAAGACUUUGAUUAUCAUCUGUGCGUUAUUCACUUUGGUCACAGUACUUUUGUGGAAUAAGUGUUCCAGCGACAAAGCAAUCCAGUUUCCUCGGCACUUGAGUAGUGGAUUCAGAGUGGAUGGAUUAGAAAAAAGAUCAGCAGCAUCUGAAAGUAACCACUAUGCCAACCACAUAGCCAAGCAGCAGUCAGAGGAGGCAUUUCCUCAGGAACAGCAGAAGGCACCCCCUGUUGUUGGGGGCUUCAAUAGCAAUGGGGGAAGCAAGGUGUUAGGGCUCAAAUAUGAAGAGAUUGACUGUCUCAUAAAUGAUGAACACACAAUUAAAGGGAGACGAGAGGGGAAUGAAGUUUUUCUUCCAUUCACUUGGGUAGAGAAAUACUUUGAUGUUUAUGGAAAAGUUGUCCAGUAUGAUGGCUAUGAUCGAUUUGAAUUCUCUCAUAGCUAUUCCAAAGUCUAUGCACAGAGAUCACCUUACCACCCUGACGGUGUGUUUAUGUCCUUUGAAGGAUACAAUGUGGAAGUCCGAGACAGAGUCAAGUGUAUAAGUGGAGUUGAAGGUGUGCCAUUAUCGACACAAUGGGGGCCUCAAGGCUAUUUCUACCCAAUCCAGAUUGCACAGUAUGGGCUCAGUCAUUACAGCAAGAAUCUAACCGAGAAACCCCCUCACAUAGAGGUAUACGAGACGGCAGAAGACAGGGACAGAAACAUCAGACCUAAUGAAUGGACUGUGCCCAAGGGCUGCUUCAUGGCCAGUGUGGCUGAUAAGUCUAGAUCCACCAAUGUUAAACAGUUCAUUGCUCCAGAAGCCGGUGAGGGUGUGUCUUUGCAGCUGGGAAAUACAAAGGACUUCAUUAUCUCAUUCGACCUCAAGUUCUUAACAAACGGAAGUGUGUCUGUGGUUCUGGAGACCACAGACAAGAAUCAGCUCUUCACUGUGCACUAUGUCUCAAAUACCCAGCUAAUUGCUUUUAAAGACAGGGACAUAUACUACGGCAUUGGGCCCAGAACUUCAUGGAGUACAGUUACCAGGGACCUGGUCACUGACCUCAGGAAAGGAGUGGGCCUUUCUAACACAAAAGCUGUCAAGCCAACCAAAAUCAUGCCCAAAAAAGUGGUUAGGUUGAUUGCAAAGGGGAAGGGGUUCCUGGACAACAUUACCAUCUCAACCACAGCCCACAUGGCUGCAUUCUUUGCUGCUAGUGACUGGCUAGUGAGGAACCAGGAUGAGAAAGGUGGCUGGCCAAUUAUGGUGACCCGGAAGUUAGGGGAAGGGUUUAAAUCUUUAGAGCCAGGAUGGUACUCUGCCAUGGCACAAGGGCAAGCCAUCUCUACCUUAGUCAGGGCCUACCUUCUAACAAAAGACUAUGUAUUCCUCAAUUCAGCUUUAAGGGCAACAGCCCCAUACAAGUUUCUGUCAGAGCAGCAUGGAGUUAAAGCCGUGUUCAUGAAUAAACAUGACUGGUAUGAAGAAUAUCCAACUACACCUAGCUCUUUUGUUUUAAAUGGCUUUAUGUAUUCUCUGAUUGGGCUGUAUGACCUAAAAGAAACAGCAGGAGAGAAGCUUGGGAAAGAAGCAAGGUCCUUGUAUGAGCGCGGCAUGGAAUCUCUUAAAGCCAUGCUGCCCUUGUACGAUACUGGCUCCGGAACCAUCUAUGACCUCCGCCACUUCAUGCUUGGCAUUGCUCCCAACCUGGCCCGCUGGGACUAUCACACCACCCACAUCAACCAGCUGCAGCUGCUCAGCACCAUCGAUGAGUCCCCAAUCUUCAAAGAAUUUGUCAAGAGGUGGAAAAGCUACCUUAAAGGCAGUAGGGCAAAGCACAACUAGAGCUCAAAACCAAAAGUGCGUUCCAGCCUCUUCUGAGCUCCAGGGCUGAGCUGUGUCAGCGGCAGAGUUCAGCAGCACGUUGCACAUUUUUAAAUGCGGUGUGUUCUGGGUUUGUGAGUCACAGCACUGUGAGAAGAGACCCUUGAAGUUAGUCUUCUGAAACAGUUGCAUUCCAUGGGUCAGGUGCUUAGAAAGGUAGGCGAGGAGAGUGCUUGGUCAGUGCACUGAGCACAGAUGUGACCUCCGCCCUGCUCCUCAUGUAGGCCUCCAUGCAGUCUCUCAGUCUUGGGAAGAUGCUGGGAAGUCACUGCUGCCCAGCACUUACCUAAACCUUAGCAUGGAGUGCUUUUAAAAUGUGAUUAUUUAUAUUUGUACUGAAAACAGGCUUAGAAAUCAGUGUGCUGUGCUGCAGGAAACACGUGCAUAUAGCCUGGAUCGUGGACUCUUUUUUAAAAGUGUUUCUUUCCCGUAGAUUCAUUUCUCGAGAGGGAGUGAGCAUUUGUUCAAUUAUAUAUGGAAAAUAUUUUGAAUUAUGGUUUUCUUGAACUAUGUAUAUCUAAACACAGCCCGUGUUCAGGUUUCACGGUCAUAUACAUAAGCACAACUAAAAUGAAACUUGUUGACUGCACAAGAAAUUACAGACAUGCUAUGUUUUAUGAAACUUGGUCUACAAUCAGUAAAAGUUUGAUAAUCGUCUUCCCACCUCUGCUCCAGUGCAGUUUGUCUUCGUCACUGUCUAGUAGGUUGCACUUCAUUCAUUUCAUACUGUCCUUUAGUAGUUCUGUCUGUUGAGAGGACAUUACUCAGAAUAUUAUAAGCCUAAAUUUGUGACAGACUUAACAGUUUGAAACUAACCAUUGGUACUUCCUCCAUAAAAGAAAAGUACUGGGUUAAGUGUCACGUUCAGGAGUCACAGUAAAGUUUUCCAUGCCUGGGUUGUCCCCAUUGCUUUUCAUGGUUUCUGUCCUCACUGUUUCUCUGAAGCUUAAUUUUAAAUGAUUCCAGCAUUGAAACAGAAGAGAUGCUACUUACUAUGUCUGCUGUCUGUAUGCCAUCAGAUCUGUCAGAGUCCUCAUGCUAUGGACAGUGUCUGCUGUAAGGCUUCAGGCAUUAGAUAAAAGCAACAGGGAUUGGUUUUGCUCUGGUAUUUGUUUAAGGGUGUGAUAAUAUGGAGACAGUUGGGUAACAUGAGCCUCAUACUUUCUAGGGACAAACAGUGGAGCUUAUCCAUGCUGUUGGUCAGAUGCACGUUUAAGACGGGGUGGAUGAUCCACCCACACACAUUGUACUUCUACUGAAUUCAGCUAAAAAGUGCUGUUGAAAACUGGAGUGCAUAAACGCACACGCACAUGUAUACAUAAUGAUACAUAUGUAAACUACAUUAACAGCAAAGGCUGGAAAGAAGGUCUGUACUGAAGACAAUAUUAAACUGUUGAGAAAUAAACUUAGACUCCCAGUUUAUAUGACCACACCUUAAUUUUACCUACAACGUAACUAGCGUGGUCAUUAGGUUCCCCAGUUUUUACCUCUGGUUCUCACACACUAGGUGUUUCAGCAACAUCUGAACAUGCACAUUUUGUCUCAGCAAUAAAAACGAAGACUCCCUUUUUCAGUACUUAUGUUCAAAACAAGCUUGCCCACGUGGGAACACUGUUCACUACAGAUUUGUCACUGGAGUGCUCCCAGCUCUGCUUUCUGUUUGCAUACUGGUCUUCAGAUGAGAGGAGUCAGUGAAUCCUGGAACUGAUUUUUGUGACAAACACCAGUGCCUUACCAAUGUGGUUGUCCUUUUUGUUUCUGUUUCUGUUUCUGAGGUAGAGAUGACAGUUCACUGCUGUUGCUUUUCCACUGCCUUCCACAUUGCAACAGCCACUUGACUUGUUUGUGAUCCCAGAAUUCCCUAAGAGGUCACACAGAGCCUGUGAUAGCACUGUCAGUGCUUGGCUUGUCAGACGUGAGGAUGCCUCUGUUGUCACUUGGAGGUUAACAGAAUGAGACUCUGGCUGCAGGAAGUCUGCCUGUGAGGUGGGGAUCCACUGCAUGUUGACAGGUGGGAGAACCGGGCGUGUGUGAGGGAACACUGCCUGGGACCCAUGCAGUUUUGCUUCCAGAAAACGUCAAAGUUUCCUAAGUUUUUAAAUCAUGUGUUUACUUAUCCUGAGUAUGGAGAGAAUGGGGAGGGUAUUUUACAUUUUUAUUGUGACUCUUUAACUUUUUUCUUUAAAGGUAAUGGUUUGGUUCACUUAUCUGAGUUAGCUUCCAUGUUGAAUCUUUUGCCAUUUCAGUAGUAAAACAGCCAAAAGUUUCUAGCAAAGGGCAGAUUUGACCCUUUAGGAGUUACUGUAUAUAACGGCUUCAUUCACGAGCCACACAGCAUCUGUGAGCAAGUGCAGAAGUGACACUGCCUCUCCAGAUGCAGGGCCUCUGUCUUUGUUGGUGUACAGACUCUUACCAAAAGCUGCUGCUUUGUUCUUGUGAUUGUUUCCUUGCUUCUCCAUUGUACAUGUGGGGUAUAUGCCAUGUGUCAAAUAUGCAAUAAUGUGUUUACCGGAUGCCCUUCUGCAGGGUGGUCCUCUGUAAAGCUGUACAGCCUUUGCAGUUCAAGCACAAUGUGCACAUGUUAGUUUUAUAUACAGCAAAACUUGAUUUUUUCAAAUGGAAAGGUAUUUUUUGUUUCUAUACAAAGUUAAAUGGGUUGUUUGUGCUUAAUGUAAAGCUGCUUUAUAAAAUUGUAAAAUAAAGUUUUUAUCUC